GCGCCCUCCCGGCCCUCCCCGCCCACCCGACAGCCCGCUCCCACCACCAUGGACUUCGACCUGGCGGCAGCCGUGGAGCCCUCCCCCCAGAAACUGCCGGAGGCAGGCCAGCUGGGCGACCCCAAGCACGGCCCCCCCAAAGUUCAGGGCCCGCCCGAGGCAGGGGCAGCUGGUAGCCCGGGGCACGGCCCCCGCGGCUCCUCGGACAGCAGCAGCAGCAGCAGCAGCUCCAGCGGCUCGGACACGGAGGCCAAGCACGAAGGCACCGCGGGCAAGGUCAAGAAGCCCAAGAUGAAGAAGAAGAAGGGGAAGAAAGAGGCUUCGCACUGACGGGCGGGGCGGGGCUUAUUAAAACCUCUCUGGCCCUCCGCUCGUCUUCUGGUCCCGGCCCCGCCCCCGCGCCGACCCCCUUCCCGGGCCGGGCCUGCCCCCUGCCGGGCGGCCGCGCCAAGGAGAGGCUGCGCACGCCGUGCCCAUCGCGGUUUAUUGUUUCUGGAACAGUGGCCGCACCGCUGGCGCGGCCUGUGCAGCUGGAGAUCUCAGCACCUUGGCAAGGGGGGGGGGAC